UCCGGGAUCUGGCGCGGCCUUUGCCUGUAGCUCCAGCCAGAGCUCGGAUAGGGCCUCAUCGCCCUGCUCGCGCUCCUUAGAGAGGCCUCGGUGAUUCUGCCACAGCCUCAGCCUCUGUCGCUCUGUGAACUGCCAGUAUUGGAUGAUUCGUAUCUAAGACUCUGGGACACUCCUGAAGUCGGGAAAUGGUGAGUCUGCGGGGCAGGGCGUCCGGAGGCUGGGGAGGCCUCAUCAGAACCAGCGGGAAAUGGCGGCGAUGGGACAAGUCUGUGAAUGGAGUCGCCGCUCAGCCCUCUGUCCUCAGUCCCCUCCGGUGAGGGACCCGCGCUCCUGUCAGUCCCCGCACAGCGGCUCUGGCCCAGCGUGCAGCCCUCCUUGUGCAGCUCUGCGCCACUGGCCCUGCACUUUCCACAGGCUGUGGGGUGAGGAGGAGCUCAUCUGGAAGACGCCGGCGGCUGCCUGCUCGGUGCCCGCGUGGGAGGAGCUGUGGUCCGGGAUCCCGUGCCUACUUUACCCUGUUCAGAAUGAGAUCGAGGCCCCAUGAAAACAUGGAGUUCAUGUGAGCAAACAGGACUUAUUAAUGGGACAGCUAGCUCCGCCGUGGCUGGUGGUUUGGGGUCUGCCAGCGGGUCUUGAAAGAAAGGCUUUUGUGAGGUGUGUGAGGAAGCGAAGCAAAUCACCCGCCCCCCUCCAACUUGCCCACCAGUCCCCUUGCCCUGUGCGCCUCCUCCGCGUGGCUGUUCCAGAAUAGGCUGGUGUCGGUUCGCAUCUUUUAGAAUACGCUAGUGUGGGUGCGCACGGCGCUUCUCUUAGUUCUGAACUCUUAACAUUCAGGGAUGUGGCCAUAGAAUUCUCUCCAGAAGAGUGGAAAUGUCUGGAUCCUGCCCAGCAGAAUUUAUAUAGAGAUGUGAUGUUGGAGAACUACAGAAACCUGGUCUCCCUGGGUGUUACUAUCUCUAACCCAGACCUGGUCACCUGUCUGGAGCAAAGAAAAGAGCCCUACAAUUUGAAGAUACAUGAGACAGCAGCCAGACCCCCAGCUGUGUGUUCACAUUUCACCCAAAACCUUUGGACAGUGCAGGGCAUAGAAGAUUCAUUCCAAGAACUUAUACCAAAAGGACAUGAGAAACGUGGACAUGAGAAUUUAAGAAAAACUUGUAAAAGUGUGAAUGAGUGUAAGGUGCAGAAAGGUGGUUAUAAUGGAAUUAACCAAUGCUUAUUAACUACCCAGAGCAAAAUAAUUCAAUCUAAUAUAUGUGUCAAAGUUUUUCAUAAAUUUUCAAAUUCAAACAAACAUAAGAUAAGAUAUACUAGAGAUAAAGCCUUUAAAUGUAAGGAAUGUGGCAAAUCAUUUCAUGUGCUCUCAUGCCUAACUCAACACAAAAGAAUUCAUACUGGAGAGAACCCCUACACAUGUGAAGAAUGUGGCAAAGCCUUUAAUUGGUCCUCAGUUCUUUCUAAACAUAAGAGAAUUCAUGCCAGAGAGAAAUUCUACAAGUGUGAAGAAUGUGGUAAAGGCUUUACUCGGUCCUCACACCUUACUAAACAUAAGAGAAUUCAUACUGGAGAGAAACCCUACAUAUGUGAAGAAUGUGGUAAAGCUUUUAACCAAUCCUCAACCCUUAAUUUACAUAAGAGAAUUCAUUCUGGACAAAAAUACUACAAAUGUGAAGAAUGUGGUAAAGCCUUUAAGUGGUCCUCAUCCCUUAAUGAACAUAAGAGAAUUCAUGCUGGAGAGAAACCCUUCUCAUGUGAAGAAUGUGGCAGUGUCUUUACCACAUCCUCAGACUUUGCUAAACAUAAGAGAAUUCAUACAGGAGAGAAGCCCUACAGAUGUGAAGAAUGUGGCAAAUCCUUUAAUAGGUCCACAACUCUUACGACACAUAAGAGAAUCCAUACUGGAGAGAAACCCUACACAUGUGAAGAAUGUGGUAAAGCCUUUAAUUGGUCCUCAACCCUUAAUGUACACAAGAGAAUUCACUCUGGAAAAAAUCCCUACAAAUGUGAAGAUUGUGGCAAAGCCUUUAAAGUGUUUGCAAACCUGCAUAAUCAUACGAAAAUUCAUACUGGAGAGAAACCCUACAUAUGUAAACAAUGUGGCAAAGCCUUUAAACAGUCCUCACACCUGAAUAAACAUAAGAAAAUUCACACUGUAGAUAAACCCUACAAAUGUAAAGAAUGCGGGAAAGCUUUUAAUCAGUACUCCAACCUUCCUCAACACAAGAGAACUCAUACUGGAGGAAAACUUUAGAAAUGUGAAGAAUGGGAGCCUUUAUGUCUUCCUCAAUCUUUUCUAAUCAUAAUUCAUACUGGAGAGAAACUCUAUACAUGUGAAAAAAUUGACAAAGCUUUUAAUCCCAACUCAAUCUGUUCUAAACAUAAGAGAAAUGGUAUUGGUGAGAAGCCAUAAAAAUAUGAAAAAUAUGGAAAAGCCUUCAAAUGCUUGUCACAUCUUACUGUACAUAAUUCUUACUGAAGAAAACCCCUAGGAAUAUUAAAAGUGUGGUAAAACCUUUAACCAAUGCUCAUAUCUCUUUGCACAUGAUAGCAUUUAUACUUGAGAAAAAUUGUGCAAAUAUAGAAAAUGUAGAGAAGCCAUUAAUGCCUACUCAUAUGUUACUAAAUACCAGAGAGUUUGUACUUAAUAAAAGCAUUAUAAAUGUAAUAUUUGUUGAAAGACCUAUUAGAAAAUACAGGUCUUAAAAGUGAAGAAGAGUAUUCUGAAGAUAGACAAUACAAAUAGAGGGUUGUAGUACCUAUACUUGCAUCGUGGGUCUUAUUGUGCAUAUUUCAUAUUAGAAGAAAACCCUGAAGCAGUUGCCCAAA